AGCCGCGGGCCGGGUGGCGCCGCGCUCUGAGGGCAGGCGCGAUGGCAGGGUCGUGGGGCGCCCCGGGCGGGACCCUUAAGGGCAACGGCAGCGCGCUGCUCAACGCCUCGCAGCGGGCGCCCGGCGGCGGGGAGGGGGCGCGGCCGCGACCCUCCUGGCUGGCCUGCACGCUCGCCUUCACCCUCAUCUUCACCAUCGUGGUGGACGUCCUGGGCAACCUCCUGGUCAUCCUGUCCGUGUAUCGGAACAAGAAGCUGAGAAACGCAGGAAAUCUAUUCGUGGUGAGCCUGGCGGUUGCGGACCUGGUGGUAGCCGUGUAUCCAUACCCCUUGGUGCUGAUAUCUAUAUUUAACAACGGGUGGAAUCUGGGCCAUCUGCACUGCCAAAUUAGCGGCUUCCUGAUGGGCUUGAGUGUCAUUGGCUCAAUAUUCAAUAUCACUGGAAUUGCCAUCAACCGCUAUUGCUACAUCUGCCACAGCCUCAAGUACGACAAGUUGUACAGUAACAGGAAUUCCCUCUGCUGCGUGUUCCUGAUAUGGAUGCUGACCCUCGUGGCCAUCGUGCCCAACCUGCGUACCGGCACCCUGCAGUACGACCCGAGGAUCUACUCCUGCACGUUUACACAGUCUGUCAGCUCAGCAUACACAAUCGCGGUAGUGGUCUUUCAUUUCCUCGUUCCUAUGACCGUAGUCAUCUUCUGCUACCUGAGAAUAUGGGUCCUGGUUCUUCGGGUCAGGCGGAGGGUGAAACCUGACAGUAAACCCAAAAUGAAACCACAGGACUUCAGGAACUUUGUCACCAUGUUUGUGGUUUUUGUACUUUUUGCCAUUUGCUGGGCUCCUCUCAACUUUAUUGGUCUUGCCGUGGCUUCAGACCCCGCCAGCAUGGUACCCAGGAUCCCAGAGUGGCUGUUUGUGGCGAGUUACUAUAUGGCAUAUUUCAACAGCUGCCUCAAUGCCAUUAUAUAUGGGCUCCUGAACCAAAAUUUCAGGAAGGAAUACAGAAGAAUUAUAGUCUCCCUGUGUACAGCCAGAAUGUUCUCUGUGUGUCGUUCUCAUGAUGCUGCAGAUAGGGUUAAAUGCAAACCCUCUCCGUUAGUGACCAACAAGAACCUAGUAAAAGUGGACUGUGUUUAAAACACAAAGCAUUGCUGACAAGGUGUACACACUUCUCAAGGUCUUACUCAUUUUCGUGGUUGCCUCCCUCUUGACAGAUGCCUAGAAGCACAGGGUAGUCGAGAAAACUUGCACUCUUAGGAGGUUGUCUCUAGUUUAUGAGCUCUGUGGGAUCAGCCUUUUGAAUCGGUCUCUAAUUCUGCUUAUGAAGAGAAAUACAGAACCUAAGAGUUAUAUGUUAAUUGGAGAAUAUGGUUCAGGGACAGAGGCGUGGGCGGGCAAUGAUUUUAAAUAAAAAUGCUCAAUGUAUUCA